CGGGGAAAUGGGCGGAUCCGUCCGCUGAGGCGAGGGAGAGAGGCGAAGAGGCGGCGCUUCCUCGGCGGCGGCUGGUGGACCGAAAGAACCCGGAGGAGGAGGCAACGGCGGGUCCGAGGGGUUUGCCAAAAUGCUUUCGGAUUCCUAAAUUGUUCUGACGAGACGUUUGGGGAGACAAAGCCAUCCGGCGAGCAGAAGGCGCAGCGGUGAGGACGACUUGGGGCCAAUGCAGCAGCAAAAAAGGCAGCCAGAGUUAGUGGAAGGAAACCUUCCCGUCUUUCUAUUCCCCACGGAGCUUAUCUUUUACGCGGACGACCAGUCCACCCAUAAACAGGUGUUGACUCUCUAUAACCCCUAUGAAUUUGCCUUAAAAUUCAAAGUUCUUUGCACAACCCCAAAUAAAUAUGUUGUGGUUGACGCGGCGGGCGCAGUGAAGCCUCAGUGCUGCGUUGACAUCGUCAUCCGUCACCGAGACGUCCGACCUUGCCACUAUGGUGUGAUCGACAAGUUUCGGCUCCAGGUCUCUGAACAGAGCCAGAGGAAAGCGCUGGGGAGGAAAGAGGUCAUCGCCACGCUGCUUCCAGCGGCGAAAGAGCCAAAGGAAGAGGAGGAGAAGAGGAUAACGGAGCACCUGGCAGAGAGCAUCUUUUUCGAGCAGACUUUGUGCCAGCCAGAAAACAGAAUUUCCUCAUCGGGGCCAAGUUUGCUCACCAUGUUCCUCGGAAUUGUGUGCAUUGCGGCUCUCAUGCUUCCCACACUGGGAGAAGGGGGUUCCCUCGUGCCUCUCUACCUCCACUUAAGUGUGAAUCAAAAGUUAGUAGCGGCUUACGUAUUAGGUCUCAUCACUAUGGUCAUCCUGAGAACAUGAGCGAUAACACAAUUGGGUGCCCAUCUUUUUUCUUUUUCUUUUUUACCGCAUUUAAAUCCGCAUCCUGAACGUGUGCCUCUAACUCUUGUUUGGGUGCAAAAAUCAUCUGGUGAUUUGCAUCGCUCUUUUUUUUUUGGAAAGGAAAGUUUUAACUCUGUUUUCACCUUUCACUUGGAGGCGCUUUUUGACUAGCAGCUAUGAAAUGGUUGCAAGAAAAGGAAUUGGCAGAAACUUUUCUACCUAUGUCUACCAUGCAAAAAUCUCAUUUGCGCUUUCUUUUUAAAUUGCAUGUUUUUAAAUUCACGUCGACUUCAGUGUUUUACCGCCAUAGGAGCCAGCAGUGUUCAUUUGCCUGUAAGUAUUGCAAAUUUAAAUACAGAUAAAAACGCCAGGAUGGCGGAAUAGAAAGCC